GCGUGGUUUCUUUGACCUAGAACCGGCAGGAAGUUAACACGAAAACGCUCGUCCCUCUCGGUGUUGCGCGGCGGCUGCAUUCGCCGGAGCUCUGCCGCCGAACUCUGGUUUUCUUACUUUCUCCGUCAAUCUCACCCAUCUUCUAUCAACAUGCCGUCUCCAGAAAUCUCGAAAAGGGUUUUAGAUGCGAAGCUCGAAGCUUGCAAAUUCGCCUUCUUGAAGCUAAGCGCGGUUAAAACGACGAGGAUGAAGAGUUAUAAGCAGUUGCGUACUCUGCUUACGUUGAAAGAGAUAGCUCGUCGUGGUGCUGAUCGUGACUUUCUUAAAGAUCCGGAAAAUAGUGUGACCCGAAUCCUCUGUUCUGUUUUAAAGCAAGUGGUGAGUAACGCAGACCGUUCUUUGAAGUCACUUCGUGGCUUUCACUACGAGACAUUGGAUGAUCAGGAGAGGGGAGAUGUGAACAGGACGAUAGCAAGUGUACAAGGGAUGUGCAGUAGAAAAUACGAACCAGAAACGACUGUUGAUCAGCUAGACGAUGACAUGACUGAGCCAAUGGAGAUGGAGAUUUACUUGGGGAACGGAGACGCGGAUUUCAGCGACAUUGUUUUGGAGACGCCCAUCUCGUGGCCUUUGGAGAAGUCUCAACUGACUCCUGAAUGGGUCGAGAGUCUGAUGGGGUUAUUAAACCAGUUCACAUGGAAGAACUCUGUUUCUUCUGAGCUGUUCCCUUCUACGUUGCCAUACUCUGUGGCUGUUUCUCUGGUGGAUUGCGCGGCGCAGAUUCUAGACAGAGAAGCUAACUGCGUUAGGAUCAGUUGCUGUGGUGAGGAUUCUAGAGUGGUUGUGGUUGGAGAUCUCCACGGACAGUUGCACGAUCUCCUCAAAAUAUUUGAUCAGUCAGGAAGGCCUUCGGAGAGCCAAUGGUUUGUGUUCAAUGGUAAUUACAUUGGUCGAGGUUCUUGGAGUCUUGAAGUGUUCUUGGUUCUCUUAGCUUGGAAGAUUCUGAUGCCUGAGAGGGUAUUUCUACUUCGAGGAAGCUCAGAGACAAGAGUUUCUGCCGAAGAGCUUGGUUUCUUGAAAGAAACAUGUGACAGAUACUCUGGUGAGCAGGGUCCAUUGCUAUACUCCAAAUGUAUAGACUGUUUCAAAGCAUUGCCUUUGGCGUCGGUGAUAUCGGAUAGCGUCUAUACAACUCACGGAGGUCUCUUUCAAAGCUUCUCUCGGGUCCAUGAAGAUAGCACUUUACUGUUGGGUUUUUUAGAGGAACUUGACAAGGUUGAGAGGAGGAGACAAGUUGGUGAGAAUGAUGACGAUGAUGGGAAUAUAACUCUUAACCAUGUUUUAUGGUCGUGUCCGUGGAUGGCUGAUGGUCUGAGCGAGAGUAACUACAAGGGACUUCUUUGGGGAGCUGAUUGCACCGAGAGUUUUCUAAAACAAUCCAACUUAAAGAUGAUUAUAAGAUCACAUGAAGGACCUGAUGCAAGAUCAGAUCGAGAGGAUAUGGGAAACAUGCUAUGCGGAUACUCGGUAGAUCAUGAAGUAGAAUCUGGAAAGCUUUACACAAUCUUCAGUGCUUCAAAUCUCUCUCAGGGUUCGAGAAACUAUGAAAACGAAGGCUCAUAUGCUGUUCUUGAACCUCCAAGCUUCACAGAGCCCAAAUUUGUUUCUUACACUGUCGAUAACAUCCCAAGGUCACUACAUCAAAACAUAAGCGUUGGAUCUUCUUCAACUCAACAAGAGAUAAUGUGGGAGAACAGAUCAGGUCAUGGUUUUGCGUCAAUGGGGAUAUCUAAUCCGCCUUCUUGGACAGUUUCUCUGCCUAGUGAGCCGAGUCAGAUCCUUCAGCUUCAAGAGCCUCCUCAGGUCUUUGAAGGUCUUCCUCUUCCAAACAGCAUUGAGGAGCCUCACAAAUCAAACUAUGACUACUUAUUUAGACUCAUAAGCGCUCUUAAGCAGGAGGUUCAGAUAAGGGACACACGCGAGAAAGAACUGAUGGAUCAUUUGACGAAGACGAAAGCAACAUUGGAGGUCAUAAGCCAAAUGUCAUCUUCUCUCUGACCCAAUCAUAAGAUAGCAAACCAAAACGAUUUUCCUCUUUGGUUUUGUUUGUAAUUUUAUUUAUUAUCCCACCUGUAAUAUUUUGGUUUUAGUUUUUGGUUAUCAAUAACAAUCAUCUUUAUUUUAAAAAUAAAAAUUUCAGUUCUUCA